GCCUCGCCUGGCAUGGAGGACGGUCUCACCAGGCCUGCGAGCCCAGCAGGGCUCUCCUGGUACAUGGCAGUCUCUCAGCUGUUAGGUUUGACUGUGAUCGCCAUGACCGGCGCCUGGAUGGGCCAGUACCGGGGCGGUAUUGCUUGGGAAAGCGUGCUGCAGUUCAACGUCCACCCUCUCUGCAUGGUCAUUGGCAUGGUCUUCCUCCAAGGGGAUGCUCUCCUGGUUUACCGGGUCUUCAGGAACGAGACCAAGCGCUCAGCCAAAAUCCUCCACGGGCUCCUCCAUGCCUUUGCGCUGCUCAUCGCCCUUGUAGGGGUGAUCGCCGUGUUCGAUUACCACAGGAAGAAAGGCUUUGCAGACAUGUACAGCCUGCACAGCUGGUGUGGAAUAGCAGCCUUCAGCCUCUACUUCAUCCAGUGGCUCAUGGGCUUCAGCUUCUUCCUGUUUCCUGGAGCAUCCUUCUCGCUCCGCAGCAGAUACAAACCACAGCACAUCUUCUUCGGCGUCUUCCUCCUCGUUCUCUCCAUCGCCACCUGCCUGCUGGGCAUCAAGGAGCUGCUCCUCUUCAGUAUCCAGGCCACCUACAGCUCGUUCGUGCCUGAAGGGAUCCUGGCCAACGUCCUGGGCCUGCUGCUGAUCGUCUUUGGCCUGGUGAUCGGCUACAUCCUGACGCGGGACGAGUGGAAGCGGCCGCCCCUGGCUGAGGAGCUGGCCCUGUCCAUGGAUUUUAAAACCCUCACUAAAGGGGAGAGCCCCAGCAGCAGCCAGUGA